UUUCCCAAACUACCUAUAAAAGUCCCAUCUGCAAUUUUACAUCUUUUUAAAUUUGACUAUCAUAAAAACGUUAAAAGUACAGCUACUCGUACACACUCACAGGUCAGAAUUUGCAGCAUUUAGAGGGUAAAGAUUUAAUACUUGUUGUUAUCUUUUGUGGGUGUGAGAUUAUUAUUAAGUAAAUGUAUGGAUGAAAAGCAAGAAGUUCCAUUGUUAUAUUUGAAUAGAGGAUGUCAUGGGUCAGGUUCUUAUGGCUGGUCUGUUAAACAGAGUAGUGGUCUCCCACACCCACCUGGUUUUGAGCCUCAAUCAAACCCUAAUUCAUCUGCUCAUAACCAUAGUACUAUGAAGUUUACACCAUCACUCCAAUUGGAACACAUCCGACUUCCACCGCCACCCAAUUUCCCUAAGAAGAAAAGAGGGAGACCCCGAAAGUCUCCCUCUGAUGAUCCAACCGCGUGUACCCUACAAAAGAAAAUGGGGCAUCCUCAAUCGGAUGUUUACCAGCACCCGGACUUUUCAAAACUCAAGCCUCCGUCAAGAUCAGGCGGGUUCAGAACAGGUGAAGAGCUUGUCAACUUGCUAAAGAGUGCAUCAUCGGUGUUGAUAUCUGGUAUCAAAGAGGCUGCAAAUGCUAAUGAAAUGAUUGAGUUAUCGUCGAAAGCGUUUAUAUAUUUUGACUCUAUUGGGAUUGAUUACAUGCCAGUGUACAAAGCCGUGUGUUCUGUUAUCCAUCGACAUUGCGACAAAGAGGCUUUAGCUAGACAGAAACCGCAUUAUGCGUUUGACACAAAGGCGUUGCACGAACAAGCGGCAUUCGAGUUUUCCGAGGCGAAAGAAAGAUAUGUUAGAGUUAAUAGGGAGCUUGAAGACGCGCAAUGUGAUUUUGAUGCGAUUACAGCUCACGUUAAGCGGCUAUAUGAAGAAAUACAAAAGGGAAAGGCGAAACAGGCGAAACUCGAGGCUAAAGUUGCCGCUGCGAAAGCUGAUAAAGUUACUUGUGAUGAGGCGUAUUCGAAGGCGAAAUCAAAGAUGGAAGAUUUAGCCCCGAAAAUGAGUGAGGCCCGGAAAGAGAUUGAACAGUUUGAAAGGCGAUGGAAGGAGACCGUGGAGGGAUUGAAUCGUGCGAUGGAGGAAACGUCGAGCCUUAUAAUAUAGUCUUUAACAGUUGGUUAGACAUUUUUAUACUUAACUGCUUUUUUGUCUAUAGUUUGUUUGGGAAUUAGUAUGCCUCCUUAAUGUUAGCUAAUCUUACUAGACUUGGUAUUGGAGUUUAUUUAUAUAUCGUACAUGGCGUAAAAACCUUAUAAGAAUUCAAGUUGAACUUUUACAAA